UUCGUGUGUGGGCGUAUUUUUUGGAAAUAAAAUUUAUUGAGCUGGAAUAAUAAAUUUUUAUAGUGAAAUGUAGAUCAAGCAGUCUUGUAAAAUAAUAUCGAAGAUGUAGUUUGUUAGGCAGUCGUGUUUUAAUUUUUAAAUAUAGAAAAAUGUUUCGCUGCUGCAUAUGUUUUUAAUUUAUUUUCUAUUCAACAUUCAACAAAAAUGUAAUACUUAUUAUUUAUCACUUCAAUAAUUAAAUGAUGUGUGUUAUUUUGACUCUUUGGUAAAGUUAGUGAGUGUUCGUCAUGAAUCUAAUGCGUAAAUUGCGCGGUGCGACCGCUUCGUCGUCUUCGGAGUCCUCGGAAGCCAGCAGCUCAUCCUCUCAUGUACAGCUGGGUCUCAUGCACCUCAAAAAACUCUUCUCGGAGUACACACAUCCCCCCCAGCCCUUGUCCGAAGCAGAGAAAGAUGACAAAUUGUAUAAUAUGCUACCACUUUUUUGUAAGGUGUUCGGCACUAGUCCUUCCAGUGAAAUGAAUGAGAAGUUUUGGGAUAUACUGUCAUUCUGCCAACAAGUUUCCAAGCUUAUGGUGUCAGAGAUCCGGAAAAGGGCCAGUAACCAGAGCACGGAGGCAGCUAGCUGUGCAAUCGCAAAGUUCCUCGAGAUAGAAAACUCGGAAGAGUCUAGCAAUGGAUGGAUGUUGUUGUCCACUCUAAAUUUGUUGGCAGCUGGUGACCAAUCACUCAUUCAGGUUAUGACCACUGCUUCCAUACCUUCAACCUUAGUUAAAUGUUUAUACCUGUUUUUUGAUCUCCCUGAAAUACCUGAAUCUGAGGCGGACCUUCAAGAUGGUAAUAGUGACUUUACUCCUAGAGAAAGGCGAAUAUUACUUCAGAAAAUAUUUGUGCAGGUACUGGUAAGAUUAUGUAGCCAUCCAUUUCCUUGUGAGGAACUAGCGAGGAAAGACGAUCUCAGCCUAUUGUUCUCUGCCAUUACAUCAUGGUGUGCACCGCACAACAUUAUGUGGCGCAAAUCGGCCGCGGAAGUGCUGAUGACCUUAUCUAGACAUGGUCUAGCACAGUCCGUUGUCCAAUACAUUCACAAUAAGGGAUGUGUAGCGCUAUGCAUAGAGAAUAUGCAGAGAAUUCCAGAACUUACUCCCUUAGAGGUGGUAGAAAUGUUUGUUGCAGUAUUCUGCUUCUUAAAAGAUUCAAGUGAUGUUAGUCAAUUACUAUUGGAUGACUUCCGGUCAUGCCAAGGAUAUUUAUUUCUUUCGGAGUUUUUACUGAAACACGAAAGGCAGGAAGUGCCCGAUUAUUUGACAGAACUCGAAGAAGAGCGCGUAAGCGGCACCGAAGCGCGUGCGGCGCUCCGCAACUUGGUGUUGAUGAUAUCUUCUCUGUGCGCCUGCGGCUUUUCCGAGCUGCGGCCCACGCGAGCCAAUACUGAGCUGUUUCAACUGCAGGGCUUCGUCUUGCCGCAGCCUUCCACGCCUGGGCAGGCGGUGCGGAAUGUGCAGGCGUUUCAGGUCCUACAAUCGGUUUUCAUGAAAUCGAAUUCGGCUGCGCUAUGUUGCACGAUAUUAGACGCGAUAUCCAGCGUUUACCACGCUGAUAAUGCGAACUACUUUAUACUAGAGAACCAAAACACAUUGAGUCAAUUUUCGGAGCGGAUCCAUACGAAAAACGCGGAGAUUCAAGAGAAGUUCUUUGAACUGCUCGAGUUUAUAGUAUUUCAGCUGAAUUUUGUGCCCUGUAAAGAGCUGAUAUCGCUGUCCCUGUUACUAAAAGCAAACAGGUCGCGUACUUGCAGCAUAUUGUGUAUGAAAACAUUACUCAACAUAUUGAAACAUAACCCAAUAUUCAAAGACGUAUACCGGGAAGUGGGAAUGCUUGAAGUGUUCGUCACUUGCUUAUCUCGAUACGCCGUUUUCCUCAAAGACAAACAGUUGCUAGAAGAGGAAAAAUCUAAGAAAGACGCGGCUGAAGUGAACGGAUCUCCGAAAGCCCCUGAGAGGAGAAAGAGGCUGUCUUCUAGACAGGACUCGUUGAUAAAGGACCCUAAUAUUGAUGCAGAGGAGGAGGAGCUUGGUGGUUUGUUGAUGGAGGGUUUGACAGCUCUUUUGAAUGGAAACACGAGCAAUUGUAACGUGUUCCGAGAUUGUGGCGGCGCUAAAUGCGUUCAUGGAAUGGUUGUUCACGAGUCUUGCAGGAGCCAAGCUUUAGGUGUGAUCCGAGAGCUGAUAGUGAGUGGUAGCGGUGAGGAGGACAUGUCGGCGUUACUCUGCGGAAUGCACGCGGCGCCCAACGACGCUCUCCAGCUCAAAUUGGACAUUUUGAAGGCGCUGUUGGCAUGCUUACGGGACUCGCACCGAACUAGAACUAUUUUUAGAAAGGUGAGCGGGUUCGUAUACGUGACAAGCGUGCUAGUCUCACUCGAAGGCAAAUUGAAAGGCGAGGGGAUGGUUGACCACGACAUGCUCCAGCUGAUACACAUUGUGUUUUACACCAUCAGCACUGCAAUGAGAUUCGAACCGGCAAACGCGAAGUUUUUUCAUCACGAGAUUUGCAUGACAACUCUUUCUGAUACAAUACGACUUUUGGGAUGUUUCACUGAUGAUUUAGAAUUGCUAAAUGACACUGAAAACGGAGACCCAGAAUUGUAUGAAGUGUUCCAUGAAAUUUUCACUGGAAACAUUAUGGAAAUGACUUUUCCCGAAAAAGUACCAAUAGUAUUCGUACAUGCGUGUAUUGUGUUGCGUCUACUUUACGACGUGGCUCUCGACUCGUUUGACAAGCCGACGUUUUGCGGAUCUCUGAAUGUCAAAUCGCCAAGUUUGACGAGGCAGAGUUCGGCAAUCAAUGAGAGCAAGCCCGCCGGUCGCACGGCGCCUCUCAACCUGUCCUCCGGCGGUACAUCUGGGGAGGCGUGGGUGAUCCAUUCCGGCGUGGUGAUCGUAUUAGCCAAGCUUCUUCCGGCGUUGCCGCGCCCGCCGGAACAUGAGGCGUACGGGCGGGCGAUACGGGACUAUCUUGCGCAUGUCUUGAAGAGUCUCGUCAGAAGCGAACGCAACCAGCAAGUGAUGUGCGGCGCGGGGCUAGCAGGCGUAGUGCUUCGAGUUUGCGGCGCCGCGUUACGCGCAGAAAAACACCCGUUACAUGCGCCCGCCAUGUAUAUGCUAGAGAGGCUCGCUGCGCACGCGCUCAGGCCCAUCGAACUAAGAGAAUUCCUACGCAUGGGCAAUCCUCUGAACUGUGUUUCCCCAGAACAAGGUCAAGUUUGCAAGCCCGGAGGGCCUGUGCCUCUUACAAGAAUCAAGACUUUAGUGUCGAUGACAACUCCUAGAGAUUACAGAUCUCAAAAUUCGUGCACGUUACCUCCGUUCGUCGAGUUUGAUAUGUCUGCCGAAGGAUUCGGCUGCCUGUACCUGCCCAGUAUAGCGCCGCAGUCUGCCAACCUGAACGCUUUGGGCACGCAAGAUAACGCUACUCUUGGAGGCAUUGGAUCAGGCGACAGGGUGUUCCCGCCUCAAACGGGUCUUACCUACUCCACCUGGGUGUGCGUGGAAAAGUACUCCGACCCUCGUAACGAUCCGCAUUGCGUGCGUCUACUGACGCUCGUACGGAACCUCAACAACAGCCGCGACGAGCAUCUGGUCUGCCUCACCGUGGUACUGUCAGCAAGGGAUAAAGCUAUUAUAGUGUCAACUCAGGAGACUCUGGUGCCUCAUAACGUGGGGGAGUGGGAGCCCGAGGGCUCGGGCGAGUGCGGCGCGCGCGUGUGGUGCCCCGACCUGCAGCACGAGGGCCAGUGGCACCACCUCGCGCUGGUGCUCAACCGGGCCGUACUGAAAAACUCGUCGUUCUCCUUGUAUUUGGAUGGCCAGCACAUGCAUUCAGGAAAGCUACAUUACGUAAGUGCGAAUCCUGGUGGAGGAGCUGCGACGCUCUCGGGCGCGUCCAGUGUCUACUGCAUUAUUGGUACACCUCCGCAAUGGCGGCGGUACUCUCGCCUCGUAUGGAGACAAGGGCCGGCUUUAUUGCUUGAAGACGUACUGUCAGCAGCGACGGUGGCAGUUAUCUACCAACUCGGCCCUCAUUACGUUGGCACACUCCAAGCCCCUCAAUUGGCGGGUCAAAAUCCUGAACCCUUAGCGCCGCUAGUCGCCGAAGAGAAAGUUGUAUUUGGCAUCAACGCCCGCGCUAUGUCGCAACUGACUCUGGCGAAGAUUCGCAAAGUCUACAGCAAGAACGACAACAAAGCGAUAGCGAAACAACUAGGCAUGUCUUCGCAUGAGAACGCAACGCCUAUCAGGAUUCUGCAUAAUUCGGCCGGGCACCUGAUGGGCCCUGCAAGAUGUUUGGGAGGAACUGUUGUGGGUUAUUUGGGGGUGAGAGUGUUUUGCUCCAAACCUGCUGCGAUCAUGAUUGACACAGUCGGCGGAUGCUCAGUAUUAUUGGGUCUGAUUGCCAUGGCACAAGACGUAGAGUGCCUAUACGCUGGCGUCAAAGCCCUGGUAUGUGUUGUUCGCUCAAACAAAGCAGCACAAGCCGAGAUGGACCGCCGAAGGGGAUACCAGACUCUCGCCAUGCUACUCAAACGGAAGAAGCAACUGCUCAAUUCGCAUAUACUCCACCUAAUAUUUGGAUUAGUGGGAACCGUUGAUAGUCAAAAAGAAACCUCAUCAAUUCCAAAUUUAACAGCGUUUCAGGAUUUGAUAUGCGAGUUAGAUGUAUGGCUCGGGGCGCCAGGCGGCCUGAUAAAGUCACUGCUGGAGCAUUUACUCGAGCUGGCAACAGAAACAGCGCACAGAACGCACAACCUACGCACAAUGAGAGAACUACAGUUGGUCUCCAAGCUUUUGUACGUUAUUAACGACGUCAAAGUCGUCAGCACAAAGAAUGUACUGGUACACUUGUUGUCUGCAUUAUUGGGCGGGCAACCGCGACCGAGCGACUUGCUGUGUCUUGGCCAGUUCAUGGCGUACACAUUGCCUUUACCUACACAGACUGAAAAAGGGCUGAAUCUCAAGGAAAGCGAUUCGGAGAAAGAGUGUGAAGGUGAACAGAUCAUUCUCCGAAAUAAAUGCUUCAAUGUCAUACAUGGGCUGUUGUUCACCGCCAGAAAUUUGGUUAAUACAAUAGUGUGUGAAGAAAUAUCGCGAGUGUUAGGCAUGGAUUGGCUGCUCAGUUUUAUGCAAGAAAAUGUUCACCAUACAACAGUAUUAUGGGCGUUCCGGAUUCUCGUGAUAUUGUGCUCGGGGCAAGGGCAACAAUCUGCUAUAAUGCAAAGGUUUCGCGAGGGAACCGGCAACGGUGGAUGGUUACGUCACACGGAGGUUUUGGCGGCGCCGCAACAGACCGGCGUCAUGUUGCCGGCCACUGUUCACUCCCACACUCACCUUCAUACAUCAUUGCUGCACACCUCUGGGUUCACGCUGCUCUCCUGGUUGAUUCUGUCCCACUUACAAAUACCGGAGCUAUACUAUCUCCUCUUUGGCUUGACUCUCGGUCAGCCGAUGCGCAACGUGGGGGCAGACAAGACCGUCUCAGUAGAGCGAGUGUGGGGCGCCGCGUGGGGCGCUGCUGCCCCCUCCCGCCAAUCGUCCGCCGCGGUGGCCGCGAGAAUCACCCUGUGCCCCGAAGCCGUGGUUAUACUGCUGGGGGCUGUAAGGGCGUUGGUUCACGCCGAACCGGGGUCAUUGCCCGAGUGGCUGAGUGAACACCCUGUCACUAUUAUACAGGUGUUGUUUUCCCUGUACAACACAUUGCCUGAUUUUGUGUCAAUUAUGAUGACGGCUGAAGUAUUAACAGCGCUAGCAUCGACUCUCUUUCCACCAAACACUACGGAUGAUAUUCAUAUGCCUAUAUGCGAGAGCGGCGAUAGUUCCGGAGCUUCCACGCCUGGCUCCGAGAAAGAAGUGGUGAUCGUCAGCAACUCGGCGGCGCUGACGCAGCACGCGGCGCGUCAGGGCGUCAUGGACUUCUUACGCGUCAUCGUGCUGGAUUCGUUGCCGUUGAACGUCACGGGGAAAACCGCGCCGGUGAUUGACCUCGUAUUGGACGCAUCACCACCAAACUCCACCAGUUCGCAGCAGAUUGAAUACCAGACUGAGGUGUUGACGACACUCAUGGAAAACCUACUAAACACGGAAUUGUUUGGCUCCGAGUCCAAUAUAUCGAAUGUUUGCUAUUUGGCUGCGAGAUUGGUCGACAAACUCUGGCAAGGGCAGCUAUCAAGAGAUCCUCACGAGGUAUUCGAUUUCAUAGUGAAAUUAGUAACUCAAGCCAAGAAAAAGUCGUCUGUGAUAUCACUGGAAGGUUUACACCAUUGUUUAAACAGGACAAUCUUAUUUUUGUUGUCUCGGUCGACGGAAUCUAUUGCCGAUCAAAUGUCAGUGCUUGAGGCGCUACAUAAGCUCACUACCAAUAGGUUACUGAUCUUUGGCGCGGGGAAUCACGAACUUGAAUUCAUUGGGUGCCUUACAUACUGCCUUCUACAACUGAGUUCUAACAUGAAAAUAGCGCUGGAGUCGCACAUGCGAACGACUUGGCAUGUCAACCCGAGCGGCGAUCUUGAGUCGAGAGAUGACAAACUAACAACACACCAAGGUCGUAACCUAAUGGCUGGGGCCGCGCGUCGAGUGUGGGAGGAGUUAUACGCGUGCAAGAAGCCCGCCAUCGAAGAGGUGUUCAAAAUAACGCUAGUGCUGCCCGUGGGAAACGCGCGCGCACCUGACCUAGCCUCAGUGAGAGAACAGCUAAAUGAGGGCGCGCAUAAGCUGUGGAUCAACUAUAUCGACACUGAGAGAAAGGCCGUGUACCGAGUUCCCUGGGAGCUGCACAAUCAAAUUCAGUCUAAGAUCCAGAAAGUGACCGGGGGCUUGACUCGGUUAGCCUCGAGAACGAAAGUCAAGAAAGAUGACUCGGCUAAACAGCGCCCGCAUUUGCCACGUGAUCACGCGCUCGCUUACAUUCAAGAUCAUGUUCAACUAGUCAGAUGCGCAUGGCUAGGCGGAGUGCGCACGAGUCUGCAAACGUCAGCGCACACCACUCGCUACGUGCAAGCCGAGUGGGCGGGCGCGUGGCGGGAGUUGACUCGCGAGCGGGCCCUGUGGGGCCCCGCCAGGCCGGACCCGCUGCGCAAGUGGGCCCUGGACUGCACGGAGGGGCCCUGUCGCAUGCGCAAGAUGUUGAGACACAAUCAUGCCUUCUACCUUCAUUACCCGUACCGGCCUGAGCUGGAGAACCCUGAUAAUAAACAACUAAAGUACAAAGUCGCCCAAAGCCUGGACAGCAAGGAAUAUUACCGAGUGUACCAACAGUGGCGGACGGCGGGGAACACCUUGGACGAGGCCGACUGCACGGAGACAGAGGACUUGCAGGUCCCCCAGGACGAAGAUCACAGCAAUAGGGACCAAUCUCUAGACGUAUCCAAUGAAGACGGUUCGCCCUCGGCCCUAGUCAGUAGCGGCGUUGUGAGUCGCGGCACCAACCAGUCGUCCAGCGAAACGAAUGAAGAUGGGCCUGACAAUGAAGAUGAAGAUGAAGCCCAACCACCUCCCCCCGAUAAUCAGACCCUGCUAAGGUUGCUAGAACAUCAUGAAAAGAUCUCACACAUGUUCCGCUGUGCGCGAAUACAAGGUCUGGACACGACAGAAGGCCUAUUAUUGUUUGGCCGAGAGCAUUGCUACGUCAUCGAUGGGUUUACGUUGCUGAAAAAUCGAGAAAUCAGGGAUUUAGAUAGUUGUCCUGACGACUACGAGCCCAUACUACCCAGUCAGGGUAUUCAAAGGAGUAACCAAAGACAGUGUUCGAAGUUUCUCUAUGAAGACAUACGGGAAGUUCACAAACGAAGAUAUUUGUUGCAACCUAUUGCCCUUGAGGUGUUUUCGAGUGAUGGCAGAAAUUACCUACUUGCUUUUCCAAGAAAAGUACGGAAUAAGGUGUACAGCCGAUUCACGGCGCUGGCAACAGGUAUGGCGGACAGUGCGGCUGGCAGCGUGGCGGGCCAGAAGAGAGGGGUGGCUGUCGAACAAGGCGGCGGGUUACUGGCCACGCUUAUCGGCGACACGUCUGUCACGCAGCGGUGGCUGAGAGGCGAGAUAUCUAACUUCCAAUAUCUGAUGCAUUUGAACACCCUCGCUGGGCGGUCCUACAACGAUCUGAUGCAAUACCCAGUGUUCCCCUGGAUCCUGGCCGAUUACGAUUCUUUAGAGCUAGACCUCAACGAUCCAGCUACUUUCAGAGAUCUCACUAAGCCCAUGGGCGCUCAGAGUACAGAUAGACUGGAGCAGUUCCGAAAGAGAUAUAAGGAAUGGGAUGAUCCUCACGGUGAAACGCCUCCGUACCAUUAUGGCACGCACUAUUCGUCGGCCAUGAUCGUCUGUUCAUACCUUGUCAGAAUGGAACCGUUCACGCAACACUUUCUGAGGUUACAAGGGGGCCACUUUGAUUUAGCAGACAGAAUGUUCCAUUCCAUAAAAGAAGCCUGGAACUCAGCAUCUCGGCAUAACAUGGCGGACGUGAAAGAACUUAUACCCGAAUUCUUUUAUUUGCCAGAAUUUCUAGUCAAUUCCAAUAAUUUUGAUUUAGGUAGCAAACAAUCAGGGGUGGCACUAGGCGACGUGGUCCUCCCGCCGUGGGCCCGUGGGGACCCGCGUGAGUUCAUUCGGCUUCACCGCGCAGCCCUGGAGUCGGAUUACGUGUCCCACCGCCUUCACCACUGGAUAGACCUGGUCUUCGGGUACAAGCAGCAAGGACAACCUGCUGUGGACUCCUGCAAUGUGUUCCAUCACCUGUUUUAUGAGGGCAACGUGGAUAUUUACAACAUCGACGAUCCUCUAAAGAAAAACGCUACAAUCGGCUUCAUAAACAACUUCGGGCAGAUACCAAAGCAGCUUUUUAAGAAAGCACAUCCAAGUAAGAAGAUGUCACAGCGAAGCUCGACAAUUUUAGAUCCAAACAAUAUCAUUCCAUCGCAAGGAAUCACGCCUCCUGAGAAAUUGUUCUUUCACAAUUUGGAGAACUUGCGGCCUUCGUUACAACCUGUGAAAGAGGUGAAAGGCCCAGUAGGCCAGAUUUUGUACACGGAAAAGGCAAUACUGGCUGUCGAACAAAACAAAGUGCUUAUGCCUCCCUCAUACAAUAAGUACGUGGCGUGGGGAUUCGCGGACCACUCGCUGCGUAUAGGCAACUACGACAACGAUAAAGCGGUGUUUGUGUGCGAGGCUGUGGCCCAAGCGUGUGGAGAAAUUGUCGCCUGUGUCUGUCCUUCGGCCAAAACCAUCGUUACUGCUGGAACCAGUACUGUUGUCACCGUAUGGCAAUACUGGGCCCGCCGGCGUCGACUCGCUGUCAAAGUGUGUCUGUACGGGCACGAAGAAGCCGUCACUUGCUUAGCCGCGAGCCCGGCCUACAACUUGGUGGUCAGUGGCAGUCGCGAUGGACAGGUCUUAGUAUGGGACGUGGAGCGGGGCGCUUUCAUACGUCAACUAGUUCCACCUCAAGGCAUCAUUCCGCCGCCACCCGUAUCGGCGCUAGCCAUCGACGAACUUACUGGCGACAUAGCGACCUGCAGCGGCAGCUGGCUAUACGCGUGGUCGAUCAACGGCACGCUGCUGGGCGCCGUGGACACGGUGGGCGGGCGCGAGCGCUCGCAGCAGGUGCUGUGCGUGGCCUUCAGCCAGACGCGCGAGUGGGACCCGCUCAACGUCGUCAUCACCGGCUCCACCGACGGCGUCGUGCGGAUGUGGUCCAUAGACUACAUAGAAGAAACAGUUGAGGAGCAACAAGAGCAUCAGGAAAGCUUAGAAGCCGUCAGCAUAGAGCCUACGACGAGUUCGCUGGACGUAGACAGGGACGCCGACCAAAGCAAGCUGUCGGUCCAGGAGAGCGAAGACUUCAAGUCCGAGACCGAUGGCAGGUCGGAGAGCGAGAUAAAGACUGAAGACGAACCGGCCAAGACCGAGGCAGCUAUCAAGAGGGUGGAGGAACUAGUCAAGCAGAUGAGCCUAUCACAAGAUGCAGAUGGUAACCUAACGAAGUCAGGUUCCGAGAGCUCCCUAUCAGACGCGUGCGAGACAACAAGCGCUAAAGAAUCUGCGCGAAGACACGAGGAAAAAGACAUCUGCAGCGACAAUGAGGAAUAUACUGGUAGCCGCGACCGCGCCGUCGACUCGUGCGACGAGGCCAAGCAGGAGUACGACAACGAAAAGGACUUGGAGGCCGAAAAGGAGGGUGCUCACAGAAACAAGCUGCAGAAACAAGGCAACAUUGUACUGAGAAGGAAGUCGAAGGGGAACCCUUUGUACAGGAAAAGCGGGGGCAGCAUAGGCGAGUCCAGCGAAUCCGGUUCGACCGAGUCCCGCGCUGCGUCCAUGGAGGUGGCGGGUGAGGCCGGGCUGCGUGCCAGCAAGAGCGACACCAGCCUCACGGACUCUUUUGUCGUGCUGGCGCCGCCCACUCCGCCUGUUCCGGCGCCCGCUGUUUCCUCGCAGGACACAGAAUGCACCCGCAAGUGGGUCCGUCGGCUCGUGCUGCGCGGCAAGCUGACGAUGCACACGGCGUACGAGCGGCGCGACAACGCCUGCCCCGCCUCCGUCACCGCCGUCGCCGCCGCCAAGAGCGGCCGCGGGCUCGCCGUCGGAGACGCCAGGGGACGGGUAACUAUCAUCAUCAUCAUUAUCAUCAUCAACAGUCCUUUAGUGCUGCGCGGCAAGCUGACGAUGCACACGGCGUACGAGCGGCGCGACAACGCCUGCCCCGCCUCCGUCACCGCCGUCGCCGCCGCCAAGAGCGGCCGCGGGCUCGCCGUCGGAGACGCCAGGGGACGGGUAACUAUCAUCAUCAUCAUUAUCAUCAUCAACAGUCCUUUAGUGCUGCGCGGCAAGCUGACGAUGCACACGGCGUACGAGCGGCGCGACAACGCCUGCCCCGCCUCCGUCACCGCCGUCGCCGCCGCCAAGAGCGGCCGCGGGCUCGCCGUCGGAGACGCCAGGGGACGGAUAUUCCGCUGGUCGGCGCCCGAUAUGUCGAGCGUGUCAGGCGCUAAAGGCGGGCCUGCCGACCACUGGGUGCGGGACGACACCGCGCCUUACUGCACACAGUGUCAGGUGCGGUUCACAGCGCUAGAGCGGCGGCACCACUGCCGCGAGUGCGGGCGCGUGUUCUGCGGCCGCUGCAGCCGCUACGAGGCGCCCGUGCGCCGCCUGCGCGCGCUGCGGCCCGUGCGCGUCUGCCAGCGCUGCCACGACCACAUACACGGCAAGAAGGAAUAA